GUCUCGUUUCCUGUGGCCGUGCAAGCAGCUCUCCGCGUCCACGCGCGCGCAUGCACGCACGCGCUCGGGAGAGCAGGCGCGGUGGGAUGUGAUGAUGAGGUCCCAUUUCUAGCGGGGGGACAGGGCGAGUCGUCAGGAUCAAUUGAAGAACUCACCCGCAGGAUUUGUUGUCGUUAACUAGCUUCCACUAGCUGUUCCACGGCGUCCUCGUGACACUGAAGUACAUUUUUGACUCGGGAGAGUUGGAAACUCCGAGCCAGGCCGACUGAGCAGCACCAAAACAUUUGAGUGAAAAAGUAUGGAGUUCUUUUGACAGCUGCGCGCUGCACUGCUGCCAGACUGACAAACAUCAGUGACCGCGAGGUGAGCUGUCACCAUCCAUUCAGCUGCCACUGUAAGCAGUGAAGCUGUCCAGUGUACGCCUGGCUGUCCUCCACCUUCAACUCUCCCUGCCUCCUUCCUCCUAGCACGUGAGAGAAAGGAACAGCUGGAUGUGAGCUGAGCCUGAACUCGAUCCGUUCAGAUCAGCGGGUCCCAGAGGCCUGUUUCUGUCACUGGCACGGCCGACGGCGGGGGGAAACCCUUUAACUGUGCAGCUGUCCACGACCUGUACAUGAAAUCCAUGCACACACGCUCGCGAUGACUGACCAGCCCUGCAGGAGUGCAUCCUGAUGGUCUCUGCCUCUAUUUGUGUGUCUGAAUGUCCACGAUGACUUGGAGGGGACUUGACUGGUGGAUCCCUUACUAACACCUCCGAUCCGCAGAUAUCCUCCGUGACGCCCCCCCUUCCAGAAGGCCUUGGCGUACCCUUUUUCUGUGGAGCCCCCCUUCCUGUUUAAAUCAUCACCAUGGCUAGCCUGGUGCUCAACGAGACUGGAAUGGAGGACUGCGGCAUUGACGACUCCUUCAAGUACAACCUGUACUCGGUCGUUUACAGUGUGGUCUUUGUCUUAGGCCUGAUCACCAACUGUGCUGCCCUCUUUGUGUUCUGCUUCCGCAUGAAGAUGCGCAACGAGACCACAAUGUUUAUGACUAAUUUAGCGUUAUCCGAUUUAGUAUUUGUUUUUACACUGCCAUUCAAGGUCUUCUACAAUGUUAACCGCCAUUGGCCAUUUGGAGAUGGAUUAUGUAAGGUAUCAGGUACAGCCUUCAUCACCAACAUCUACGGCAGCAUGCUCUUCCUCACCUGCAUUAGUGUAGACCGUUUUCUGGCGAUAGUCUACCCUUUCCGCUCACGUUCCAUCCGCACGCGCAGGAACGCGGCGCUGGUGUGUGCCGCCGUGUGGCUGACCAUCGUAGGCGGGGGGAUAUCAGUGACCUUCUUCUCCACCAUUAACAGCACAAACAGAGCCACCACAUGCUUUGAGGGCUUCUCCAAGAGCACCUGGAGGACCUACCUGUCCAAAAUCACCAUCUUCAUCGAGAUUGUAGGCUUCCUUCUCCCCCUCCUGGCCAACCUGGUAUGUUCCUCGCUUGUGCUGCGAACGCUGCGGCGUCCAGUAACUGUUGGUCGUGGCUCCGACAGCAAGAGACGCGUCCUGCGGAUGAUUGUGGUUCAUCUGGGAAUCUUCAUCAUCUGCUUUGUCCCUUAUAACUCUAUCCUCUUCCUGUAUGCCCUGGUGCGGACCCAGGCCCUGGCUAACUGCGCUGUGGAGCGCUUUGCCCGCACUCUUUACCCCAUUACUCUGUGCCUGGCCUGCCUCAACUGUUGCCUGGACCCUGUGGUCUACUACUUCACCUCAGAGAGCUUCCAGAAAAGCUUGACAAUGGGAGGCAAAGGGUCUGUGUCCCGGCCCGAGAGUAUCCCCCGCAGCGACACCGAGACCCAGGACACAGCAAACACUCUCCCCAGAGACACACACACUCCAGCCAGCAAUGGAAAAGACUCAAAGGUGUCUGAGAGCCAGUUCUGACUCAGCAGGGAAGAAAAAAGGUAAACAAGGACAGGGUGGGUUUGACAGUAGCCCUGAAUUUGACAAAUGAAGCAAUCAGCUGUUUGGUCCUGGCAGUGACAAACGCAUAACUCAGCAGAUUAGUUAAGUCCUGAGGUAAGUCCUGAGGUAUUGCCUGGGCUUUAUGGAUUAAUCUAGAGCAGAGGAAUGUAUCUGUGUGUGUUUAUUAUGAGAGAACACUACGAGGACCAGAGAUCCAGCCCCACCAGGGCUACUGUCUAGAGACAUGCAGUACCUCUAAAAAGACUUCAGCACAUCAUCACUCAGGCUUAACAACACUCACAAACGCACUGGAUUGUGGAUAAGAUGGGAGAUAUCCGUCCACACUCUUUAAAUAUGCUGUUUAUUACUUUUGUAACACACAGAGCCUUUACGUUUUAUUGUUGAAGUUCAAGCUUUUAUAGUACAUUAUAUAAUUUUAGCCAUUAAUGUUAUGACACUCUUUAGUGUGGUGAGAAGCAUUGUUAUAGUGACACAGCAGUGUGCUGACCUGCUGUGUUAAAUGUGUCUCAUGUUGAAGUUUGAGGCCAUUAAAUGUCUGUUUUGAAUUGC